AACUAAAAAUUUUCCUUCCUUUACCUAAUUUUUCUCUGCAGCCAAACAACCUCUCAGCCUCCGACGAUGGCUGCAAUCAGUCUCCGCAAGGGGAAUACUCGCCUUCCGCCGGAAGUGAAUCGCGUUCUGUAUGUGCGCAACCUCCCUUUCAACAUCUCCAGCGAGGAGAUGUACGAUAUAUUCGGAAAAUACGGCGCGAUUCGUCAGAUACGCAUAGGAACCAGCAAAGAAACCCGCGGUACCGCCUUCGUGGUCUACGAGGACAUAUACGACGCGAAAACGGCGGUAGAUCAUCUCUCGGGCUUCAACGUCGCGAAUAGGUAUUUGAUUGUGCUGUAUUACCAGCAGACCAAGAUGAGCAAGAAGUUCGACCUGAAGAAGAAGGAGGAAGAGAUCGCCAAGAUGCAGGAGAAGUAUGGGGUUUCUACUAGUACUAAAGAUAAGUAGAUAGGUUUGUUCUGUUCUGUGUUUCUAAGACUGGACCUUUUGUUGCUUCUUUGCUUUAUUCCAAUUAUUCAAGAGUUAGUAACUGUUUUCUGCAAUAUUUGUUCUGGUUUAAUGCCAUAUUGUGGAACUCCUUUAUAAAUAUGCUUAGAGUUUUAGUUUUUUUUUUUUUCCAAUGUUUAUGGUUUAGAAAUUGGGAUAAUUUUCUGUA